CUCGUGCGAUUGUGUUCCUUCUACAUUGGUUGCGUUCGUUCCGGUACAUGGUUUUCAACAAAAGCGUUCGGGAGGUUUGUCUGGAAACUGCUACACUGUGGAGACGAACUUGACUAGUUUACAGAGAACUGUACGUGUUGGCAUGAGGUAGAGUAGUAAUACACUCACGAGAAGUGCUGAAUAUGUUGUUGUUGUUGUUUUUUCUCUUGUGAAAAAAAAAUUGCUCUUUUCGGACGUUGAAGUUUGAAUAAAUAACAAUACAGCCAUGGAGGAUUUUUACUACAUGUAUGAUAAUACAACUGAGAUCCCGGACAUUGCUUUACCGAUCACCGGAUUGUCGAUAUUUCUGGGAGUGCUACUGGCAAUUCUCUCGGUAGUUACCUUGGCUGGGAACAUUGGGACGAUCUGGGCUUUCCAAUCUAACAUCCUCCUGCGACAGAAACCCAGUAACUUGCUGAUCCUGAGCCUGUCGUGCUGCGAUCUGGUGGUAGGGGCGACGGGUCUUCCCGUGGCGUCCAUCCAUACAGGGCUGGGCUACUGGCCGCUGGGAAAGCCCGUCUGCAUUAUCGCUGCCUUCUGUUCCGUCAUUGGGGUCUCGGCCGCCAUGUACACCGUCAUGGCGAUAGCUCUGGACCGCUGGCUGCUGGUCUCCAGUGAAUACUCAACUUAUCUUCGUAUCCAGUCCUCCCGGAACGUCAAGCUGCAGAUUGCUGGUGCCUGGGGCGCAGCCAUCCUCAUCAGCAGCAUUGAGACGAUCCUCUGGAUCUCCGGCGUCAACGACGACGCGAUCGAGUACACCACGGAGUGCCGGUCUCCAGUCCGUAAGGAUCCCCUGUUUGUCUUCAUCAUCUUCGUCCUCUUGUUCGCCGUGCCGUUCUCCGUUAUGGUACUCUCCACCGGCCGGUUCGUUUUCCUCCUUCGCCGUCGCCUCCGGAGGCAGCGGGCCCGAGCUCCGAGCGCAUCGGUGAAAUCGCACCACGAUCGCAUCGACAAAGCGGACGAACUCUCAAGCACCGUCAGCGAGCAGUCCGGCCACCACAACAAAGUCCUUUCGGUGAACGGCAAGGACGUAGACGGAUCAGGCAAGCCGGCGUCACCUGCUUCCCUCAGAGCUGUCGUCUUUGACACGACCUCUACUGCCGACUCCAGCAGCGACACUCCCGCAAACAAGCCAGGACGCCCGGCGGCCAAGAAGCAUCCGUCCCUGGCCCAGACCGGAAGGAACAAGUCUUUCUUCGGUCUCGGCUUGGAUGCUUCCAGAGGUGCAUCCCGGCGCAACCGGCAGGCCCAAAAGAUGAAGAACCGGUACAUCAAGCCGGCCGUGAGGCUAGCCAUUCUCCUGGGCGUGUACGCACUCUGCACGCUGCCGUAUCCUUUCUUUCUCAUCCUCGCAGACAAGAGCUUGGUGGAAGCCAGGAAUCAUCUGUCCAACCUACUUCUAUCCAACUCUGGACUGAAUCCGUUCCUUUAUGCCAUCAUGCACAGGAAGAUCAGACUCUUCUAUGUCAGCAAACUCAUUCCUUCGUGCUGCAAGAAGACACCCAAAACGUGAGAACCAAUCAUAGUUACACAGAAGUGCUUAAAAUGUACCCUCGGUGUUUCCAAAAACAAAAACUCCCGUUAAAACAUAACGUGUUUUUGUUUGGAUUUAUUGGACAGUUUGGACUAAAAACAGGCAUCUGAACUUUUGACUUUUUGUUAUGCUAACCGAAAGCUUGUCACCAAUUGUGUGGCUCUCUCAUUUGUAUUUAAUUAUGAACGGAUGGUAAUUUCUACAUCGAUCGAGUACUUUGAAGUAGCAAUAGCUAUCAAUAAAAUCAAACAAUAUUAUAUUAUUUUAUGGACAAAUAAAACAUAUAGUCAUGUAAGUUAAAACAUAAUUUCCUGGUGUAAAAUAGAAUAAAACGAUAAACAAAACAAUCAGCAUUUAAGACGAUAAAAAAUCUUAAAAUUAACACUAUAGCUUAAAACAUUAACUGAACAUAAUAAAAAUUAAACAACUAAAUAUUUAAAAGUAAGACUGUAACAAUAGGAUAAGAAACUCUUAAAUUGACAGCAAAAAGACUAUAAACCGGUACUUAACCACCAACCUUUUUUUGCAAGUACAUGUGUACAGUCAAAAUUUAUAUUUCGAAAAUCAGCUUAAGUAAUUAGUUUUACGGACCCCGUAUUACAUACGUCGACAAUAAUGCUGCAGCAUCUAUGCUAGUAAAAACAUCAUAACCAGGAUUGGGCUUUAGAAUGUUCAAUUUCAAGUACAACAAUUCCCCGUAGUCAAUAGCAGAAUAUUACCUUGGCCCAAACCCAAACAAAUGGAACAGAUUUGUGAGGCAAGUAUUCUAACACCACGUGAAAACAUCUUUGGGUGAAACUCUUCUCAGCAAAAGAAACAUUAUAAUAAUAAUAAUAUGAAUAUUUUUUUUUUUUUUUGUAGCAAAGUUAUGUCAUUUUUAAACUGCCUUUGAUAUUUGGAAGACUUAUUUUAAUGUAUAUUUCCGCCGAUUUAUAGUUCAGUAAAAAGUGGGUAUUUGUGUGACGCAAAAAAUUGGGUCAACAGUAAGUUUUUUUCAACAUCCGAACCUAGCUUUUAUCGUUUUGAAUUGCGAAGAAGUCAAAAUGGGGGUAUUUAUCUGUCGCAGUUGCCUUCUGGAUUUUUCCCUGCACUAUAAUGGCCUUCAUAUCGCGCACUUCCUUGUUGGUUUUCCAGUGCAUGUCAAGUUUAUGCGUAAAUAUUGCAAUGCGAAA